CAACUUGGAUGUUUGGAUUAUGGCACCAUUGUAACCUCGUACACGGCAGGUUAUCUAGUCAGGUUACUUGGAUAGGUUUGUUUACUUAUUUGGAAGAGGUUUUGGUCAUAGGCAAUGCCCAUUUAGUGUUUUCAGAUUCGUUAACUGAAAUAAAAGACUGAAUAUGAGCUACCACAGGGGUGGAGAUGGCCAGCCUAAGGGAUUUGGUUUUGGUGGUUUCCAUUUGAUGAGUAAAGCAGAAAGGCAGGCUGCUGUUCCUCCUCCACCAACUGCAGCACUUAGCAAACAGGGUUACUCAACUAUGAGUUCCAUCACUGAGAAUGCUCUGUCUGCAACUUGGGGUAUUCCGAAGAAGAGAUCCAAAACAGAAGAAGAGUAUUUUGAAGAAGAAGAUGAGACCCCAAAAUUGGACUACAUCCCAGCUCCUGGAAGUCCAACGGCUUUUACGGGCACCGAACAAUCUUUGGGUUCUGAUGAAGAGGACCCUCUUGAUGCUUACAUGGCUGACAUAGAAAAUCAGGUAAAGAAAGAAUCUGUCCCGAAACCAGGAAAGAAAAGUAAUGCUAAAGAUUCGAGUAAAGGAAUUCGUGAUGAUAUUGAGUCUGAAGAUGUUGAAGAAUCUUAUUAUAGGUACAUAGAAGAGAAUCCUCGUGCUGGCAUGCAGGAUGAAGAAUCAGAUGUUGAAAUUGAAUAUGAUGAAGAUGGAAACCCAAUUGCUCCAAAAAAGAAUAAAAUCAUUGAUCCGCUUCCUCCUGUUGACCAUUCUACAAUUGAAUAUGAAGAAUUCGAAAAAAAUUUCUAUAUCGAACACGAGGAGAUUUCCUCUUUGAGCCCUGACAAGGUGCAAGAACUUAGGAAUACUUUGGGUAUUAGGGUCUCCGGGCCUAACCCUCCCAACCCUGUCUCCAGCUUUGCACAUUUUGGAUUUGAUGAAGCUCUCAUGAAAAUUAUAAGGAAGUGUGAAUACACCCAACCCACUCCUAUCCAGGCUCAAGCUGUUCCCGCAGGGCUUUCUGGGAGAGAUAUUAUUGGGAUUGCCAAAACUGGAAGUGGUAAAACAGCUGCAUUUAUAUGGCCUCUUCUUGUCCAUAUCAUGGAUCAGAAAGAGCUAGCUGUCGGAGAUGGGCCGAUAGGUUUGAUUCUUGCUCCAACAAGAGAACUUUCCCAACAGAUUUAUAAUGAAGCAAGAAAGUUUGGUAAAGUUUACAACAUUAAUGUAGUUUGCGCAUAUGGUGGUGGCUCAAAGUGGGAACAGUCUAAAGCGCUUGAAGAAGGGGCAGAAAUAGUUGUCGCUACCCCGGGUCGUAUGAUUGAUCUCGUCAAGGUGAAAGCUACCAACCUCCAAAGAGUUACAUUCCUAGUCUUGGACGAAGCAGAUAGGAUGUUUGACAUGGGCUUUGAACCUCAGGUGAGGUCAAUCUGUAAUCAUGUCCGUCCUGACCGACAGACGCUUUUGUUUUCUGCGACAUUCAAGAAAAAAGUCAAGCGCCUGGCUCAAGAUGUGUUGAUAGAUCCGGUAAGGAUCGUUCAUGGUGAAGAAGGUGGAGAAGCAAAUGAAGACAUUACUCAAGUUGUUAUCGUCCUUCAGCAAAGCAACAAACUGCCAUGGCUAUUAGCCCAUUUAGUGUCUUUUCAAUCUAAUGGUUCUGUACUGAUAUUUGUUACAAAAAAGAUUAAUGCAGAAGAGUUAGCUGAGCAGCUGAAACUUCAGCAAAUUGAGUCUUUGCUAUUUCAUGGUGACAUGGAUCAAGUCGAAAGGAAUAGGGUUAUAACUGCAUUCCGUAAAAAGGAAGUUGAUAUAAUGGUUGCAACUGAUGUAGCAGCUAGAGGUUUGGACAUAUCUCAUAUUAGAACGGUAAUCAAUUAUGACAUGGCAAAAGAUAUUGACACACAUACGCACAGAAUUGGUCGAACAGGCAGGGCUGGAGAGAAGGGGACAGCGUAUUCAUUAGUUACAUCAACAGAUAAGGAGUUUGCUGGUUGCCUGGUUCGGAAUUUAGAAGGCGCAGGGCAAGAAGUUCCUGUUCCAUUACUUGAACUUGCCAUGCAGAGUGCUUGGUUCCGGAAGACAAGGUUUAAAUCUGGAAAAGGGAAGAGUAUAGGGGACAAAGCAGGGCUUGGGUUCAGGGAGCGGCCUGGAUUAGGAAGCAGCACCAGUAGUAGUAUGCCUUCUGUGCCUUUAAAUGUUAGACCAACGAUGAGUAUAUCAGAAUUAAUGCCAAAAACAAGUCGAGGCCCAGCGAUGGAUAGGUUGCAAGCAAUGAAAGCAGCAUUUAGAGCCCAAUAUCAAGCCCAGUUCACAGCCUCUGAAGACCAUACCUGGGAACAGACUCUAGACAAUCCGGAUGGAGCACCAAGAGUAAAGAAAGGACCCCUCCCGGAAAAGAAAGCUAAGAAGAGCCGGUGGGACAAUCCAUAGUAGUUAAAUAUUUUGUGGUGGGGCCCUCUAAUCACAUAAAACUAUAAACUGCAAGCAGUUGAUUCAUAAUUGUUAUAUAAUAUUAAAUGUAUGAUUCAUAAUUUUAUUAUAUUAUUGCCAUGUAUAUAAUGAAUAUUACAUGUUUUUCUUGUUUUUUAAUAACAAUUAAUGUUUUAUAGAAUAAGUUGUAUUAUAAAAGUACAAACCUAACAGUUGUUUUUAUAUUGUAACAAGUGGAUGUAAAAAAAUGACACUCCCACAAAA